AGCUUUUGUUUUGUCCCAACUUGCAGAGAAAAAAAAAAGAGAAACGAUGAAGGUUGUGGCUGCUUUCCUCCUCGCGAAACUCGCCGGAAACGAGAACCCAACCAAAGAUGAUCUGAAGAACAUCUUCGAUUCCGUUGGUGCUGAAUUCGACCAGACGAAGACGGAUCUGUUCUUUUCUCUGGUGAAGGAUCACGACGUGACGGAGCUGAUCGCUGCUGGGAGGGAGAAGAUGGGUGCUCUAUCUUCCGGUGGUGGAGCUGUUGCUAUGGUGGCUGGAGGAGGAGGAGGAGAAGCUGCUUCCGCGGCUGAGCCAGCGGCUGAAACGAAGAAGGUUGAGGAAGAGAAAGAGGAGUCUGAUGAUGGUGAAGGCAUGAUGAGUCUCUUUGAUUGAUUAUUUUUAUCUUUUAUAAAGAUCUGAAAUUUUUUAUAGCUUUUUUUGUUUUGGUUUUUAAUGUGGGAUUUUAUGGAUGGAUCGUUGUUGCUACCUUCGGAUAAUUUCAAUAUUUUUGAAUCUGUCGUGAACAGAUUUGAUGCCUCGAAUUAUAUAUGAGUCGUCUUUGUUAUUACCAAG